AUGGCUUCCCAGCCCCAUCUCCCCUUCUUUGCACGGAACGGCCUCGUUGAGUCCGAUAAGGAUGUCUGCGACGAGGCAGUGAGGAAGCUGUAUCCCACAUGUCACAUCGUACCAGCUCCUUUCCAAGGCUACUGCAGCUAUACGCUCUUCCUCAGCCCAAACAGCUCCAGUAACGACCUCAACCCAGACACCGGAUCUAGUAAAGCCCUGCAGUUCCGGCCCACCGUAUACUCGCUGAAUAUCAGCACUGCCGCGGCGGCGAAAACGGUCUACGGCGACUACGCGCCAACAACCGUCCUGAAAGCCUCGCUGGCAUUGCCAAACCCUAGCCCCAGCCAACAAGCCGACCCUCGGACACUGCUUUUGUACGAGACAGAAAGAAUACCUGGUGUCCCAUACAUCAGCUACGUGACUCGGCGACCCACGCUUUCCCCAACAGCGCAGGAAUGGCAAGAGCGCCUCGUAACGGACUUUGCCCGCUUCGUCGCCCGGGCAUGGCCUCCAGCCUCCCACCCCACUACCCGCCCUGAAUGCACCGGCAAAAUCGGCUCCACGAUCCCCGCGCGAUUGCUAAAGCUCGCGCAAGACCUUCCCACAUCCAGCCUUCGCCUACACGCCCAGAGCACGCCGAAAGAGCUUCACAGACUGGACGAUCUCCCGGUGGUGCUCACGCAUGGAGAUGUAGUCGCCUCGAACAUCAUGGUCGACGCCGCCAGCGGACGUCUAUGUGGGCUCGUCGACUGGGCUGAAGCGGAGUACUUGCCCUUUGGGAUGUGUCUCUACGGGCUGGAGUAUCUGCUCGGGUAUCUGGCGCGAGCGCCGGAGAAGCGGUUUCGGCAUUACACGUGCGCGGAGAAGCUACGGGAGACGUUCUGGGAAGAGAUGUACGAGUGUGUGCCGGAGCUGAGGAGCAGGAGCGAGCUGAGAUUGGCUGUGGGGCUGUCGAGGGAAGUGGGUGUGCUGCUGUGGCAUGGGUUUGCUUGGGACGAUGGGGCUGUCGACAGAGUGGUCAACGCAGAAGUCGAUGAUGAGGAGCUGAUGUUUUUGCAGGCUUUCUUGGGGCCGACUAACUUUAUAGACUCCAAGUUGUAA